AUGGUGAGAAAGAAAGUGGACAUCGUGAAAAUUGAGGAUAAAGCAAAAAGACAAGUGACUUUCACGAAAAGGCGGCAAGGGCUGUUCAAGAAAGCCAGUGCACUUUGCAAUAUUAGCAAUUAUGAGAUUGGAAUCAUCACUUUUUCCCUGGCCGGCAACAUGUAUGCCUGGGGACAUCCCACAGUUGACUCCGUCCUGAAGCGUUACAUGGCCGACAGGGCCCAGAAACCUGAUGAAAAUCAUCAAGAAAACGAAACUUCUCCAGGCGAUCACCAUCAGAACAAACGGGAGGUGAGUCUGGCUUUGUCUUUAUCACUACCUGCAGAUGAAAAAGAGACCCCUGAAAGAUCUGACGAAGGGAAGGCUGGUCAGGAGAAGGGUUUGGUGUUGAAGAACAACAACAAUAACAGUAGUAAUCAAGAAGGGGAGAAGAGAGUGGAGGGGCAUGCAGCAGCGGCGAAGUCAAAGGUGAUGGCCUCAUGGAAUUUGCCAAAAGUUGAUGAUCUAGAGAUUGAUGAACUUGAACGACUUAUGGCAGAUAUGGAAGAGAUGAAAAAGAAGGUUGUUGAUCGCGCUAAUCAGAUGAAAAGCAGUGCUGGUCGAGUUCCAAGUUCCUAG